AUGUGGCAGGGGCUGCAGUCCAUUACAGAUUACAAAGGAAGACCCAACUGUGAUCUGCCCAACGAUUCCUCUCUACCAGAUGAACUCAAUGCAUUUUAUGCACGCUUUGACAACAACAACAUUGUGCUGGGUGUGAAGGCCAUCAUUGACCCAGAGGAUUGGGUGAUCUUGCUCUCCGAGGGCGAUGUGAGAAAGGUCUUUAAUCAGGUCAACACCCGCAAGGCUGCGGGCCUGAUGUAUGAGUUUUGUGUUUUCAAGGCCAAGAACAUCAAGAAGAAAAAAGUGAGCAUCAUCGUGUCUGUGGACGGAGUCAAGGUAGUCCUCCGGAAGAAACAGAAGAGGAAAGAGUGGACCUGGGACGAGAGCAAGAUGCUGAUCAUGUCUGACCCCAUAUACAGGAUUUUCUACGUGUCCCAUGACUCCCAGGACCUGAAGAUCUUCAGCUACAUCGCCAGAGAUGGCUCCAACAACUCCUUCAGGUGUAACGUCUUCAAAUCCAAGAAGAAGACCCAGGCCAUGCGUAUAGUGCGUACGGUGGGCCAGGCAUUUGAGGUGUGUCAUAAGCUUAGUCUGCAGCACGCCCAUCAGGGUAUAGAUGGACAGGCAGACGGAGAGAGUGACAAGUCCACAGAGGACAGCCCCGCUGAGGGUCAUCAGUUGACAGGGGCGGAGGUGGAGGAGGGGUGUGGAGAGGAAGGGGAGCCCCAGGCACAGUCCCAGUCUGUGUGUGAGCAGACGGUCACCGAGAUCCUCCAGAGUUUGGCCCAACUUAACGUGAUCCAGCCUGGACACACCAUCAUGGACUAUGAGAGCCGCUCCAGCUACAUGGUGUCUCCGAAUGGCGUGGUUUCUCCCAGCAGCCCUUGCUCUCCGCUUCUGACCCCGCUGGCGGCGCAUCACUACCUCCAGCUCCUCCAACAGCAGAUCCAGCAGCAGCAGCAACACACACAGGUGGCCGUCGCACAGGUGCAGCUCCUGAAGGAUCAGAUGUCAGUGGAAACCGCAGCUCGUGUAGAGGCUCAGGCUCGUGUCCACCAGCUGCUACUACAGAACAGAGACCUGCUCCAGCACCUGUCCCUGCUGGUCACACAGCUCAAACACCUGGAGAGCAAGGCACCGGGACCGGGGGAGAGACACACAGCUGGACUGGGACUGGGGGAGAGACAGGGUCACAAUGAUCAGGAGUCGUCAUGGACGACCGGGUCUCUGUCACUCAACCUGAAAAACCAUUACAGCUUGAGCAGCACGGACCAGCCCAUCACCUCCACCCCUGCAGGGCCACUCCAAAACCCCCCCCUCACCGCUUCCCAGGUGGAUGGUGCCGAGUCCUACCUCAACCUCCUCAACCUGGAGAAUGGGACCAAACCACUGGGCUCUCAAAACGGGGGGGAGACGGAGACAGACACACUCAUCAGAAGAAUAUCCAAUGGGAAGCCAGGGCAGAAAGACAGCUCGGAAGUGUCGUCAAAUGAGAUUGUGCGGUUCGAAACAAGGAAUUUGACAGCCCUGGAUGAAAGGUUUAAACAGAUCAUCCCUAAAUUGGACCCGCCUCCCCCGUCCUUCAACCGUAAGCGAGCCAGCCGAACUGUCUCUCCGGGGUUGGAGUUCAACCCGCUGACCAUGCCCCUGACCACACAAGUAGAUGGGAAUGGUGGCGUUCCGAGCCGGAGCGAGAGCCUGUCCUUCCCAGACAUCACGCCCUGCUCCCUCUCUUCCGGACUCUCAGGAGACUUCCACCAGCUCAGCAACGGAGGCGGCGAGAGCGGCUCGUGCGGCUCAGCUAGCGAGGAUUCCGGCGUCCGCUCCGAGACUAAAUCGCAUCUCUCGCCUCUCCACGACGAAGAGGACCCGUUUGGGGACAGGGGGGCGUUCCUGACUGCCUCUAGCGGCUGUGGCAGCCCCCUAGAAGACGUGAAGGGGGAAACUGCACCCCUGUCAUGCGUCACCACCACCCCAGGCACACACGCAGACAGCUACGAGCACACGCUCCCCUUCUCCUCCCCCAUCAAUGACACCUGUCUACACAUCAGCUUCUCAGAGGAUGAGUUGCUGGACAGCAGCCCUGAGGACUCCAGUCUCCCACAACGGAGCUAGGAAGACGGGCUGGGAGAGCUACUACAGGCCGUGACUUCAUUAGAGGCCUCUGGGGCUGGGGGCUCCUAGCUGACUGACACUGAUGCUGCAACAGACACCAAACAAUAAAAUGACUGACACAGACUGUUAUCAGAGCUUCUAACGCACUCUGAAAUGCAAUAGUGUUUUGUAGGCCUCAUUCGGUCCAUAUUCCUAAAAUGUUGAGUGAGCUGGAUUUCAAGACUAGUUUUUCUGUCCUUUCACAACACACAGCUGGACAGAAUUGUGCAUGACCUGAACAUAUUUCAACACACAGAAAAGGAACAUAAAAUGAUCGAUUAUUCUAUAAAUUAUUGCCAUAUGGACAGAUCCUAGUAUUUUUAUAGAGAAUAAUGAUUUUAUUUGUUAUUAGUAAAUAAGUAGAGAAUUGAGAAUAAUCAUGUAGCAGAAUUCUUUCACUGUUAAUUAAGCUAGAUUAAUUAGGCUACAUUAAUUACAUUGACUUAAAUGUAAAUGUAAUUAAUGUAGCCUAUAGUGUCAGUGACAAGUUAGUAGUCAAGAUGCUUUAAAUGUAUUUCAUUACAUACUCUCAACUCAUUUACAGGGUGUUCAACACCAAGCGUUACGGAAGUCAAAGUGACAUACUGUAGGAAUGUUGUGGGAACGUUGUGGGAAUGUUGUGGGAACGUUGUGAGAACAUUGGAUGUGAAGUGCUGUGGCGUUGAGAACAGCUGCCCUCUCUCAGACAUCAGACUAUGAAGAGUUAUGAAGAGUUAUGAAGAAAGGAACAGGGAAGUGAUAGAAAAGGAACAGCGAAUGGAAGAGAAGUGGUGAUGGAACUGUGUUUGUGUGUUUGGUCACUCACACUCAUACUCACAGUGUGGUAGUUUGAUGAUGUGUGUUUGGUCACUCACACUCAUACUCACAGUGUGGUAGUUUGAUGAUGUGUGUUUGGUCACUCACACUCAUACUCACAGUGUGGUAGUUUGAUGAUGUGUGUUUGGUCACUCACACUCAUACUCACAGUGUGGUAGUUUGAUGAUGUGUGUUUGGUCACUCACACUCAUACUCACAGUGUGGUAGUUUGAUGAUGUGUGUUUGGUCACUCACACUCAUACUGAAUGUUGGUUUUAGGGCUAGAAGAGGCAACGCGAUUGGCUGAAUGUUGGUUUUAGGGCUAGAAGAGGCAACGCGAUUGGCUGAAUGUUGGUUUUAGGGCUAGAAGAGGCAACGUGAUUAGCUGAAUGUUGGUUUUAGGGCUAGAAGAGGCAACGUGAUUGGCUGAAUGUUGGUUUUAGGGCUAGAAGAGGCAACGUGAUUGGCUGAAUGUUGGUUUUAGGGCUAGAAAAGCCAACGUGAUUGGCUGAAUGUUGGUUUUAGGGCUAGAAGAGGCAACGUGAUUGGCUGAAUGUUGGUUUUAGGGCUAGAAGAGGCAACGUGAUUGGCUGAAUGUUGGUUUUAGGGCUAGUAAACAGCUCUGAUCUGAAAAGCUGUCAAAUGGCCUGAUCAGCAGUGAAACCUAACGUAUGGUUCCAAGUGGAAUGUGUUAUUAGAUGAAUGGUGAGGCAUGAAAGGUUUAAUAGCCCCUUUUAAUGGCAAAAUGUUUUCAGGGAUUUUUAGCUUUGAUCAGAAGACCUACAGAGUGGAACGAUAAUUGGGAAUCAGCGAGAGGCCUCAGGAGAAAAGAGAAACUCACUGAUGAAUUAGAUCUCUCUCUCUCUAUUUAUUUCUCUAUCUCUCUGCAGUUCUGAAUGACAGGGUAUUUUUGCUAAGCCUGAGAGUUUGGAUCUCAGUUUAAAUGAAGGAGAUGGUGACAUUACUGCUGAGUGUUUGUUCAUUUGGGGAAUGGGAGGAAGCGAGAGAUAGGAAAAAGUGUCAUAACAGGUUAAUAACAGGUUAGUUCAGUAAUUGUCUGUAAACAUGGUCUCAUGGUGAGAAACAUGGCGAUUGUCUCAUCUCCAUACUUACACAGGCUUUCUGUAUGACAACUACAACAAUAACAGAUAUAUUUAUAUGCAUGACUAGGGCUUUAUUUCUGGUCAGGUCACAUGGUCAAGAACAACUCCUGGCCUUAUGAGAGUGAGAUAAUGAGAUUGAGUUAAACUGACGACUUAAAAUGAAUUGAACAAUAGUACCUACUCUAAAUGUAGGCUUAUUCUGGAUGGCAGGUUGAGGUGAUGACGAGGUGGUUAAGGAGAGAUAUGAUUGGACGGCAGUACAGGUGUCGACUGGUGAUUGGCAGGAAGGAAUCGGAGGAGCUGAAGAGAGGGCGGCUUUUCUUUCCAACACUUUGAAGGAGAGAAAAACACAGCAAUAAUAAAGGAAUGAAUGAAUAAAAGACGAGUUGAACAAUUGGCUGUAUUCACCUGUUGUUUCUCUUGAAGGAUUCUAGUUCCUCAUUCAAAAUAGGGUUUGUUUGGUCUCUUAGAUUCUCA